GGUGGGGCAGCCGGGGAAGGGGGGGACCCGCGUGCUGGUGAGGGCCUCCCGCGGCCAGGAGCGCUAGAGGAAGGACCGGCAGAGCCCCUGACAGGUGUCUCCGCCGUAAGUGCCCUUACGCAGUCACUCGAGGACUGACAGACUUUGCAUUUGUUAUUGCUGCUGCUGCUGCUGCGAUCUUCAAAGAUGAUGUUGGCAGAGCAAGCCCAGAAGUGGUUCCCAACUCACGUGCAAGUUACGGUCCUUCAAGCCAAAGGUCUGAAGCCAAAAGGUAAAAAUGGCAGCAACGAUGCCUACACCAUCAUACAGCUGGGCAAGGAGAAGUACUCCACCUCGGUGGCCGAGAAGACGCUGGAUCCCAUCUGGAAAGAAGAGGCCUCAUUCGAGCUCCCUGGACUACUCAUGCAGGAGAAUCCAGAAAAAUACAUCCUGUACCUUAUUGUCAUGCACAGGUCGCUGGUGGGGCUGGACAGGUUUUUGGGACAGGUGGCCAUAAGUCUGAACGAUAUAUUUGAAGACAAGCAAAGGCGGAAAACAGAGUGGUUUCCCCUAGAAUCAAGACAAGGGAAGAGAACUAAAGACAGAGGAGAAAUAAAUGUCAAUAUUCAGUUUAUGAGGAAUAACAUGACAGCAAGUAUGUUUGAUUUGUCAAUGAAGGACAAAACCAAAUCCCCAUUUGCUAAACUAAAAGACAAAAUGAAGGGUCGGAAAAACGAUGGGACGUUUUCAGAUACAUCCUCUGCAAUCAUCCCGAGCACUCACAUACCUGAUACAAAUCUAGAGGUGUGUAGUGGUGAAGUGCAAAUGAAAUCCAAACCAAAAAAACCUUUCCUCUUGGGACCUCAGCGGCUGUCCUCAGCUCACUCCAUGUCAGAUCUAACAGGACCACACGUCUCCUCGGAGAAAAUGAAAUCCAGCACUGUUGGCUACACCCAUCUCUUCAGGCGUCAGCUGGAGUCCUUUGGUUCCGUUGAUGAAGGGGGGAGUCUAAAAUCUCCACACAGAAGGACAUUAAGUGUUGAUACUUCUAAAAUGAGCCAACUUGACAGCACAGUUGAUGAAACUGCACUUGAAGCACAAAAUGACCCAUUUAAUGUGAGUGCUUCGUUACCCCAAAAAUUUGCUACACUGCCAAGACAGAAGAAUCCAUUUGAAGAAAGCCCAGCAACGUGGGAUCAAAACAUAAGUCUGUUUUCCAAACCUGUCGAGAUCAGAAAAGAAAUUAAAAAAGAGAAAAAAGAGAAAGUUAGUCUUUUUGAAAGAGUGACUGGAAAAAAAGAUAGCAAGAGGUCAGAUAAACUUAGCAAUGGGGGAUCAGAGAGUUCUACUGACUUGAAAUCACCGAGUGCGUUUGGGGAAGCUCAUCAGGAGAGUUUUGAUUAUGAUUCGACUAAUCCGUUUAUGGCAAACUUCAAGCCUACAAGCAUGUUGCCAUCUUCAAGUUUUAAUGUGAAUCCUUCUGGCAUUGAGGAUCUCAGGAAAAAAACGGAAGGAAAUCCUUUUGAUGCCACUGCAGGAUACCGAAACCUGACUUAUGAGGAGGUUCUGCAGGAGCUGGUGAAACACAAAGAGCAGCUCAAGAAGAAGGACACGCACAUUCGUGAGCUCGAGGAUUACAUUGACAAUCUUCUGGUUCGAGUGAUGGAGGAAACCCCCAGUAUUCUCAGAGUGCCAUAUGAACCUUCUCGGAAAGCUGGCAAAUUUUCCAAAAGCUGAGACAGCGGUACUCGAGGGUACUUUCACUUUCUGCUGAAUACAUUAGUGGAAGGAGAUCACACUUUAAUAUUUUGACUUCUCUUCAUUCCUUUUCUCCUAAGAAAUUCCAUGAAAAUGAGGAGGAGAGACAAUGGCUUGGUUUCUUUCCUUUUUUUUUUUUUUAAUCCAAACACUAGCAGGGGCUGCCAAAAGUUGUUUUCUGUUAGAUUACCUAGGAAAAUUUUUUUUUUUCUUUUUGAAAAUACAUUUAGGUACAGAAUACUUAAAAUGGAGUCAAUAAUACAUAAUAAAUAUGUCCAUGCAGUUUAUAUAAUAGCUUAGUGUUCACCAUGUGGCAGUUUCAUCUGGGAAGCCUGUGCUGUUAUGAAUGUUUUCUUGAAUGAUUAUUGGUAUUAGUCAAAUAUAUUGAUUCUUUUUUUUUACAGCAUGCCAUCCAGACCACUGUUUUCAAUCCAGCAUAGUACUCUACUAAACCUAAGUGUGGUUUGUUGCAAUGGAAUGUAGUUCUGCACAUAUUAGAGGAAAACAGUGAUGCACAAUCCUUGCAGAGUAAAUGCUGUAUUCUACACAAUGUGCUUUUUGUAUAAUAAUAUAAAAAUAAAAAAAAGUGCCAUUUCUGUCAUGGCACAUGCUGGAACCAGUUAUUUUACACUUAAAUGCUGAAUUUUGUGUAUAAUGAGUGAACUUUGGUAGUGAGCUCCUAACAGGUUGUUUUAAGGAUCUUUUUAUAUGAAGUUACUGCAUGCCUCUUUAUGUGUUAAAAGUUCACAGAGUCAGAGGUACAACCAGAGAACUCAAGUAUGGAAUAAAGAAAUGAAUACUUUUGUUCAGUCAAAUUCUCCUGCAAUGAAUAUGUAGCAGAAGUGAAGAGGCUGACUUAAAUAGACACGAUAAAUCAGUUUAAGGUUGAAUUGUACAUGAUACAUGUGUCUUAACUUUUUAAAUCUCAAGACAACAAAGUAUAUGCCUUUAGGAAUAGGCCAUGUUGCUUAACACAUAUAGAAUACUUAGGCUUUUCAUUAUAAAUGUCUGUAUUCCAUGUAUAUAGUUCUAAAAGUCAGUUUUCAUUGAGGUAAAUGAAAGAAGAAUGUAGUAAAUAUCUCCCUGAACAUUUAAUAAUUGUUUGUAAAAUGAUGUAUGAAAAAGGUAUCUUUUAUUCAAUGAAUUGGAAACAAUAUAAUGAAGGUAUAGUGAGAAAAUACUGUAGGAGAACCCUCUAAAUAUUAAGAUGAAUAGAUUUUAAUUUUAAUUUCCUUAAUAAGAGUCUUAAUUGGAUUUUCUGUUGCUGUGAAACAGUAAAAUGCUAUUUGAAACAUAUGCAGAGAAUAUUUUAGAUUUGUAUUUAAGAUAACUGUCUUCUCCUCUGUUUCUGCACCUGAUCUGCUGGGUUUUUUUACAGCAUCAUGACAUGGCUGCUGCUGAGGUGACCAGAAAAGCUUGAAAUUAAAUUCCAAUUUUUUUUCUUCAUGUUGUAAAAGAUUUUAAUAUAUUUUCAUCUUUAAAACUGUAGAAAUUGGUAAUAUCUUGAAUACUUAUAUGUGAAAGUAUUUAAAACUUUAAAACUGUAGAAAUUGGUAAUUUUUAAAACUGUAGAAAUUGGUAAUAUCUUGAAUACUUAUAUGUGAAAGGGUUGAGAAAGUUCUCUCUGACUGCUUUUGACAACAUUAGUAUUGUAGGACAGCACAGAAUUAUUCUAGUUACAAAAAAUCUUCUUUGAACAAAUAUUCUCAGAUUUCAUUUACUUAUUUUUAACUUUUUCUCCUUUAUUUUCUUCUUUUAUUUAGCAACUACCUCCCAUCCCCAUUUAGCACUGUCCCUAAAAUGUGUGCAGCCAGACUUCCCAACCCAUCAGUGGGAUCUCUGAGUGUGGAUCCCUGUUCCUGGAUGGAUCCUGAGAGAUCCCAGCCCUGUCCAGCUGUAGAGCUCUGCAUCUGUAUUUUGUAAUGCAGAAAUCCACCCCAUACCAGGCAGUCUCUCUUUUGUCAGCCUAAGGAUGUAUCAAGCUUGGUACCUCAGAAACCACGUGAAUGUUCUUUUGACCCACUUAAGAUCUCGAUGACUGUAAAUUUGUUGUAAUAUAUUCAAAGUGCCAAAGUUUAUGUACUAGGUUUAUGGUACAUUUGCUGUUGGAAGUUGGGGUUUACACUCAAUUGGAUUUUCAUUUUCUAAUUACACCAAGAUGUAUUUCAGUUACUCAGUAUUUCCAUAAAAGUUCUUAAACAUUUUGAAAUGCUUGGCUGAAGGCAGCAGUUUUCUCAUGUCGUUGAUGAGGAAAUGUUCUGCAAUUGUUUUGAAUUCCACACUCAUUUUCAGCUAACUGGUAUGAGACCAUCUCGAGUAUCCACAGUGCUUAAAUCAUCCACACCACUGAGGAUUAACAACUGCACUAACCAGAGAAUGUGCUCCAAUGACUUCUCACAUGCAAGCCAACUUAUAAUUAUUAAAAUGAAACUCUACUAUAUUUAGCACCUCUGAAAUCACUUCUUUUAGAAUGUAAAUGUAGAAUAUCAAACUGCAUAAUUGACUAAAAGCAGAUCAUUUGACAUAUUUGCAUACCGAGAACGAUAAGCAGAUUAAAGGUAGCGAAAAGAUCAAUUUUUGUGCAUUAGUGAAGAAAUUUAGUGAGGCUUUGAAUGUGCUAUCUAGUCUUUAUCUGAUCUCUAAGUGAAUAAAAGCACCUUUUGUUUCUAACAGUUUGACAAGAAAGAGGGGAGAACAACAAAUGCAGUUUAGGAAAAUGUAAAGUUACUGAGAGGCAGAAUGGGAUGUUAACAGCUAUGAAGAUUUUUUUAUAGUUCACAGGUAAAGAUACAGGCUGCUUUUGGAGCAAUUCUUGAAAGAUAACAUACACAUCAUUUUCUGCUUAGAAAAAAAAAUGUAGCUUUUUCCUGUAUUCUGAGAUUAUUUUUAAAAAGCAUCUUCACCCCACAUGUAUUUGUUGAAACAUACAGCUUUCAAAUGGAAACCUUUCAUACAGAGUAGUUCAUGUUGAAAACAAAGAAAGUUUUGUUUUUCCCAUAGGAUAAAAUUGUGGACUUUCUUUCAGAUCAUUUGAAACAUGAAAACUUGUGGUCACUCUUUCUUGCCCUUUAAAAUACAGGGAAGAAAAUUUUGAACAUCUCCAUAUUAUUUUGGUAUUUUCUCUCAUAGUUUAGCAUAAGAGUUCAUCUAUGCAUGCACUAUACUUUGAAAUUAUCCUUUGAAACAGCUCUUCUCAUAGCCAUGUAUUUUGCUUACUUAAAAGGACAAAUAUGAAGGCCAUACUUUAAUGUUAUAAGUCAGAAAUGUAAGCUUUCUGCCAUUCAAGAAGGAUGUUUAAUAUUUAUAUAUGUUACCUCUUGCUGCUGUAUUUUAUGUUUAGCUUGGUUUUCCACCUCCUAAUGAAUGUAGCAUUCUCCUUAGAUUAUAACUGCAUUUAUUGCUGUUGGCUUUGUGUCAGGAACUAUUUGUAAUUUUCCAGCUGUGGAAAUGUUGCCUUGUAUUUAGAAAGGUUUCAUGAUUUGGGGACCUGAUGAAAAUCAUGCUCAUUAGAUCCUAGCCUGCAUUUCUUUCUGUAUAGGAUACCCUUUCUUAGAUGCAUCUUAAAACAAACAGAACUGCUGUCUUAAUGUGUUUACUGCUGCACUGGGGGUUUAUUUACACUUCCAGCUUUAAAGAAAGAUUAUUGUCCUACAUCAAGUAUGUAAAGUGAGCUCAUGCUUUUCAUGUACCACUGCUGUUGUAGAUAUGAUAGAGGCAUUAGCUGGGCUUUUACAAUGGUGGCUUCAGAGCAUGUUGCCUCUCUUCCCCUUCUUUGAAGUACUUGCUGAAGGAUUAUAGCACUGCUGUGUUCAUGAUGCUAGAUUUAAGGGUCUGUCAGCACUUCCGGUAGGAAACCCUAUUUUCAGGGAUUUAUAACUUAAAAAUUUCGAUACAGUCACUGGAAGUAUUUAAUAUGCAAUAGGUAGCACUUUAAUCUGUUUAUGAAGGGGUUUGAGAUUUGUUUCUGUUGAAAAGGUCACAGUCUCCUAAAGCAUGGUGGGCAUUUGCUUUGUCUUUUAUAAUUUCUAUGCUGAAGAAGCCACUGUAUGUUACAAGUGGUUGAGCCAUUCCUAUUCAUCUUAGAAGCUUCCAGAUGUCUUGUAUUACAAUGUAUUAUAAAAAGCUGAAGAUCCAGGUUAUAUACAAAGUCUGUAAAAGAUAGGAACAUUACUUAUAACUUAAGGGUUUUAUUUUGUCUUGUGCAAUCAGUGGUAGUUUGCCCACAUUUAAUAAUGGUACAGAAUCAUAACUAUAUGCACUUGUGAGAACUAUAAACCUAGAAUGCAUGAAAAACUUUAUUUUUGUUCCAUUAUUGCAACUUCAGAUCAUUUAAUUUUAUUAAAAUGUUAUCUUAAUAUUUUAAUUUCUGUUCAUUAAAUAAGUAUUGCAUGUCUAACACUAAUAAAGCACCACAAUGCACUACCGCAGUAUUUAUUGAA